CUUCACUAAUUUCAUUCCGAACCGAAACCAUGGGAGGUUUUGCCGCGGAAGUAAGUAGCCGUUUUCGAUUAUUUAGCUUCAUAGGGAACAUUUCUUAUGUUGAUGGGCGGCAGAGGAAUCGAACUUGCCAUUGACGACAUGCUUGAAAAAGCCGGGAAAACGACAACUUUGGGAUGUCAGCAUGAUAGCAGUUUACAAUUCUUCUUCUUUCCAACUUCUCCCUUUUGGCUCCACUCCGUUUCCUUCAUCCCUAUCUGAAAUACAAUUUUAUUAUUCCUUCUCCGGCCAUCUCCGUUUCUAAAGCUCGGCCAUGGCAGCAAUGAUCGGCUCUGGCCAAACCAUCAAGACCGGGCUCCAACCGACGCUCAGCCAUCAACGUGGCCACUGUCGCUUUUACCAGACUCCGAUCAGUACAUUGACAACUGAAAAUUGGCGUCGUCGUCGGUCGAUCACUGUUGCAAGUUGCAGCCUUCAUCACAAUUCUGAAAAUUCGCUGAAGUCUCACUGUGAAAAGCUGGUUCAUGAGUUCGACCCAGAAGUUCCGAUUGAGAAAGCCCUGACGCCACCCAGCUCGUGGUACACUGACGCUUCCUUCUAUGAUUUUGAGCUCGAUCGUGUCUUCUACAGAGGGUGGCAAGCCGUUGGCUAUACUGAGCAGAUAAAAGAGCCUCGUGACUUCUUCACUGGGAGGUUGGGGACGGUAGAAUUCGUGGUGUGUCGAGAUGAGAAGGGAAAGGUUCAAGCUUUCCACAAUGUCUGCCGUCAUCAUGCCUCCAUUCUUGCUUCAGGAAGUGGGCAGAAAACUUGCUUCGUGUGCCCUUACCAUGGAUGGACAUAUGGGUUAGAUGGAGCACUUCGUAAAGCAACAAGGAUAACGGGGAUUCAAAAUUUCAACGUAAAUGAGUUCGGGCUCAUCGCAAUAGAUGUGGCAGUAUGGGGCCCUUUUGUUCUUCUCAAUCUAGAGAGGAAGAUGUCACCUGAUUAUGAUGUUGGUGACAAUGAUCUAGUUGAGAAUGAAUGGCUUGGCAGCACCUCAGAACUACUGAAGUGCGGUGGAGUUGACACUUCUCUAAGUUACCUCUUUAGGCGAGAGUAUACGAUCGAUUGCAACUGGAAGGUGUUUUGUGAUAACUACUUAGAUGGAGGUUACCAUGUGCCAUAUGCACAUAAAGGCCUUGCAUCUGGUCUGGAGCUCGAUUCGUAUUCCACCACGACCUAUGAAAAGGUUAGCAUCCAAAGUUGUGCAGGUGGGUCAACAGAAAGAGUGGGAUCAAAAGCUUUGUAUGCUUUUAUAUACCCAAAUUUCAUGAUUAAUAGGUAUUUGCUUUCAUCAAUUAAGUUGGGGAAAUUGUUCAUCUUCAAGCCAAUUUUGUUCCUUUUUGAUCGAGCUUCCUGUGAAUCGUGUGCACACAGGUAUGGACCUUGGAUGGACACUAAUCUGGUAGUCCCAUUAGGGCCGAGGAAAUGCCAAGUGAUAUUUGACUACUUCAUUGAACCUCAUCUCAAGGUAACUAAAGGUUCCUUCCACAUGGAAGACAUCAUCCUAUGUGACGGUGUACAAAGAGGCCUGGAAUCACCAGCGUACUGCAGCGGCAGAUAUGCUCCAACUGUAGAGAAUGCCAUGUAUCAUUUCCACCAAUUGCUUCACAGUAAUCUUUGCAUGUGACGUGAAAGCCAUGAAUCGAUUUCUUCAAGUGUUGAUUUAACAUGUUUGUUGUACAUGAUUAAUUGUCUGCAAGUUGUAUCUCCUGUUAUGGAUCUAAGGAUGUUUAAGACUUUGGUUUCAGAGUUUUCUGUCUCUUGUUCCUUAAAGUGAUUACAGGAAAUUGAAUUAGAUAUGGAUUCUGAAUUUCCAAUGAAUAAAAAGUACACUUUUACAGCAGCAUAACAAGAGCUUUUGAUCACCAAUAAUCCCCACAAGAACAUUUCCCAUCCCUGAAAUGAUGGAACCGCUUGUUGUCUCUAACAAUGAGCUCCCUCCCAACUAUCCUGGACAUUAUUUUGAUAGCAUUGUGACAGUCCCCGCAGAUACGAAGAUUCUUCAUGAUUCUCAAUGUCUGCCUUGCUGGAGUGCUGAUCAAACCGUAAGCAAUCGCCAACCUCUCACUGUGAUACAUCAGUGCCCUCUCCUUUGCCUCCUCGUCAAUAUCAUGAAGCACGUAUCUCGUAUCAGGCACAUAUCCAGCCUCCUUCAUCUGCCCAUUCAAGCCUUUCACUUUCCCCUGUCCAUCCUCCUUGUAGGGAUCAGAAGAACGAUAUUCAGCCAGCCUGUUUUUCUCCUCUACCAUGUUUAUGGCAGAGUGAUUCUUUCUCGGUGGCAGUAGAGCAACUCCGCUGCCCUCCUUCACUCUUGAUGGAUCAAUAUCGAGCAACAACUCCUCGAUGUUAUCUUCGAGCUCUAAAUCGCCAUGAACUCUAGCAUAGUUCUUGAUGGUCUCCCAGAUUUCCACCAUGGAUUGUCCGGUUGGCAUUCUUUCGAUAAACUCAACUGCCUCAUUCAAAUAACCAGCCCCACCGAAAAUGUGGAUGACUUCAAGAUACUGCUUGAUACCGGGAACCAUACCGUACUCAGUCCUCAUGGACUCAAGGUGCAACAAACCUUGGUUGACAUCCAUGGCACUUGCACAUACUGCAAAGACAGCACUGAAGCUAUCCUCGGUGAGCUGCAAUCCGGAGGCCUUCAUUUCCUCAACUAACGCAAGCCCCUCGGCGCCCUGGCCGUUAGCAGCAUACGCAUUGAUCAGCAAAUGCCAAGAACCCAUGUCCUUUCUAUCGCGCAUUCUAUCGAACACCACGCGUGCAUCCCUGACACUGCCACACUCCCCAUACAACUGGAUCAGCUUAUUGCCCAGGUCAGUGUCACCAGAGAACGGCGACCGCCUCAGUAAAGCGUGCACCUUUUUACACAAAUCAAGCGACUUCAAGCUCUGACAUGCGUCCAAUAGAGCGACGAACACUUCGUAACCGGCGGGAAAACCUUGACCAACAUACUCUAUUGCUUCCUCAACUUCACCGUCCUUGCACAGGCUCACCAAAUCAACAUCUUUGGGGACAAUUGGGGCGAUUGGGCUUGGUGGGUCGAUGGCCUUUUCUUCACUUUUGCGGAAUUUAGGCUCGUCUGAAGAUGGGUUCCGUGGCUUUUGCCGGCGAUAGACCUUGGAAGAAGGAGAAGAAGGAGCGCUGCGCGGCUUGGGUGUGGCGUAGGAGCAGAGCCAUCGGAACUUGUUACGGGUAGGAAAUGGAAGUGUGGGUACAACGGCAUAGAAAGGGAAUGGAGAAGGUUUGCAAUGGUGGUGGAAAGUUAUCGCGGUUCCUGGAUGCUGCAGAGGAGUGAAGGCAGCCAUUGAUACGACUCCGUCUCCGACCCACAGAGAAAGUAUCUUCUCUUUUUUCUGCUGCUACUGGCCUCGAAGAUUUACGGCAAAAUUGGACACUGGCGUGAGUGCAAAGGGCGAAACGACGCCGUGCGCUGUCGUAAACUUGGCCCAAAGCGUUAGCUAUCUAACUAAUAUGUUUCCCAAAU